AUGAACUCCAUCAUGUCUGGAAUUCAGCACGCAUCCAAUCAAAGCAUCAAGCCUUUCAAAACGAGUGAGGAAUAUCUGUACGCAAUGAAAGAGGACUUGGCAGAAUGGCUGGGGGACUUCUACAACAUUGACAUUCAGGUGAAUAAUAUUUUGGAGGUGUUAGAGACCGGUGCGCUCCUGUGUGCACACGCCAAUAAUGUGACGCGCGUGGCGGAUGACUUUCUGAGGAGGAUCGGACUCACUGAGGUGCAGCUGCCCGCUUCUGGGGUCACUUUUGUCAGCUCUGCCCAUCCAACUACAUUCCUGGCCCGGGAUAAUGUGACGAACUUCAUCAACUGGUGUCGAAAAGAAAUGGACAUUCCAGAUGUACUGAUGUUUGAGACAGAUGACCUUGUCCUGCGUAAGAAUGAGAAGAAUUUUGUGUUGUGCCUUCUUGAGUUGGCCAGACGGGCCUCUCGCUUCGGCAUGGCAUCCCCAGUCCUCAUCCAGAUGGAGCAGGAGAUAGAGGAGGAGAUUCGGGAGGAGAUGGAGGAGACCGUCCAGCCCAAACCUCAGAGGCGCUUGAUAAACACUCAGAACCUGGAUGAGAUGGUCCAGUACCUGAUAAGCCGCUGUACUUGUCCCACCCAGUUCCCCAUGGUGAAGGUAUCAGAGGGCAAAUACAGAGUUGGAGACUCCAACACUCUUAUAUUUGUGCGGGUCUUGAGGAAUCACAUUAUGGUGCGAGUGGGCGGUGGAUGGGAUACCCUGGAGCACUAUCUUGACAAGCAUGAUCCCUGCCGAUGCACUUCUCUCAUCCAUAAGUUGACUCAGCGUCCAGCCACUCCAGUGCAUGAGGUCAAAGAGAGGGUAACCACACCACGACCUGAUGCCCAGUGUGCUUCUCAGACCACUCUUCUGCUGAGCCGAUCUCAGUCUCCUCUUCAGCCAGUUGUCUGGACCCCUUCUGCCCCCUACAAAACUCAGAGAGCAGGACCCUCUCCCCCACACUCAUUCUACUCCCCAGUCCCUGAAUAUCAGCCAAGCCGCCGGAGAAAUAGCCUCUCUCCUAACAAAUUAAGGGAGAGACCGCAUACUCCAUCUCCUAAGCACACUGGCACUGACAGUAAAGACAGCUCGAUAACAAACUCCUCAAGUAGGAAAGGUAGAGAGGCAACAAGGAUGUCUCCAGCAUCUCGCAUCACUAGCAGUCUGCCACGGGUUACCCAUCGUCCUACCACCCCACAACCUGAGAGACAAAGUCCUCAAACUCCCCUAGCCCUUCAGAGGAUCCCUAAUCAGAUCCAACACCAGCAAGGCCCUGAGAGGAAUCUGGGUCAAACUUGGACCAAAUCACAUUUUGUUUCCAAGUUGAGACAGCAUUCCUCAGUUGGACAAGAUGCCCAGAACAGAGCACACCUUGUCCCAGACAGGCAAGAUUGUGCAAGCCCAGGAAGGGUCAUCCAGAGUUUCACACCAAUUCAGCACUCUAGUCCCCCUAGUAAUAGGCAUUUGUGCCCCAAACCUCCAAACAUCACUAUUAAUGAGCCAGAGGACAAUUGGAGUCACAAAAAAAGUCCAGAUUUCAUUUGCACAUUUUCUCUUUCUAAAGGGUUAAUUGGUGUCAUCCCAGAAGCUCAACCGGCCAGACCUAAAAUGGCAACUAAGAAAACCCAGGGAGAUGGUUUGGUGGAAUUUCCAGCUAAAAUGAAAAAUAAUGUUGGAGUAAAUGAGAAAUGCCAACCUGAGAAAGGCGGGGGUAGAUCAGUAAGCAAUAAGGUACAGUGCUUGUCCCUAGCAACACCAAACAUGGUGCAGUCCUCUCACUUAAGUAAAUCUUCUGAAAGUGUCCCUGAUUCUCAGAAGUCUAAAACAGAUUCAGGUGUUGAAGAGGGUGGGAUGGAGAGUGGUUAUCUCUUCACUCCUCCUCCUCUCAGCCCUGCUCAGGAAACCAUUCUCUACAAGAGCCUGGAAAAGGAAAUCUUGUCCAAUCUACAACAGCUAAGCAUUGAUUCAUAUGUCAACAGCAGCUCAGAUGAAAAACACUUUGAGACUCCUGACCACUGUAAAGCCUCUGUCCACAACAGAUCACCAAAUCAUGAUCAGGCACUACAUCUUUGUUCAUCUUGCACACCCAACAGUGGAAACGGGGCUAGUUUUGAUGCAGUCAUUGCCGAGCUCUCCAGUGAACAAAGGAAGAUGGAGAAGGUGUCUGUUGAAAAGUGGGUUAAUACUCUUGCUCAGGGUCUCAGAAGUAAAGUGGUGGAAGACCACACUAUCUCAUCUCACCUUAAGGUCUCCAAACCUUGUAUGACCAGUUUGAGGUCCUCCUUGGGGCCCAGCAUGGAUUCAAAGGAGACUGCUGAACAUGAGAUGUCAGUGGACAAGCGAAAUGUAGAAUCUAUGGUUAUCCAUGGCAAAGUAUCAAGUGUAGGAACUGAACAUUCAAAAAUGCAAAGGAGUUCUUCAUUCAAACAAAGGAGAUCCUUAAAGAAGCCAGAGAGAGUGCCAUCCAUCUACAAGCUGAAACUAAGACCAUGUGUGCGACCCAGACGUGACCACAGAUCUGACUGUGAACCCUCAAAGAUUCCAAAACCAGUUUUCUACCACAGAAUAAACUGCACAGAUGGUGAUUCUUAAUCCCAGAGAGGAAAUAAUUUACCACAUGGACCUUUCAGCACAGACAACUCUCGAGGAAACACUUGA